AUGUAUGAUCUUGGAGUUCCCGAACUCAUGGCUACACUGGCACUUCAGGAAGGCGAUAUCUCUGGGGGGAAGCUCGCACAAUCCAAGUUCUUACUCAGGCCCCAUCACUUUACUAAGGAAGCCCAGAGUGUACAGAAUCUGCUCUGGAACGUUUGUGAGGGGAUAAAUCUCGUCAUCGAAGUAAUGGUCAAGCAUGUCGGAGUUGCAGAGAUCAACACAUAUCAGACUGAUGCUACAUUUGAGGAAGUGGGACGAGGAGGAGUUGAUCAUCAGACUUGGCAAGGAGAUUCGAGCAGAUCAUUGAAAUAG